UUUCGGACGUCCACAGUUCUCGUCCUCUUCAACCCACACGCUGACCACAAUGGCCUCAACAUUGAAAAUCGCUGCUAUCCAAUUGGGAAGCUUCCCCAACAAGAAGGAUGCGAUUACCAAUGCAGUUAACCAGAUCCAAACGGCUGCUAAGGACAAAGGUGUCAAGUUGGUCAUCCUGCCGGAAUGUUGGAACUCACCGUAUGACACCAAGCAGUUUGCGCAUCAUGCAGAGCAAAUUCCCAAUGGAGAAACCAGCAAAGCUCUGGCGAAGGCUGCUGCUGACAAUGGUGUUUACUUGGUUGGUGGAACGUAUCCCGAGGAGGAUGGUGGCAAACUUUACAACACCUGUCCCGUGUGGGGACCAAAGGGCGAGUUCUUGGGAAAGUACCGCAAGGUGCAUCUGUUCGAAAUGAACAUUCCCGGAAAAGUGAGCUUCAAUGAAAAUAGUGCCUUCACUCCCGGGAACCACUUCUUCACAUUCAACAUUGGAGACUUGAAGAUUGGUGUGGGCAUCUGUUACGAUCAGCGCUUCGCCGAGUUCGCAGCUGCAUACCGUCAGCUUGGCUGCGAUAUGCUGAUCUAUCCGUCCGCAUUUGAUACCUACACUGGUCCAAUGCACUUUGAACUGAUCGCCCAAGCGAGAGCUCUGGACAACAGUAUGUUUGUGGUGUUGUGUUCCCCGGCACGUGACACUUCGCAGGAAUACGUAGUGUACGGUUACUCGACGGUUUGUGACCCUUGGGGCCGCGUGAUUUGCCAUGCAGGGGAAACACCGCAGAUGCUGUACGCCGAUUUGGACCUAAGGAUGCUGACGGACGUCCAGAAGCAGGUGCCUAUUCUACACCAAAAGAGAAACGAUGUUUACGAGCUGGUGGUCAAGAAGUAAGCGGUACGCGCGAGGAAACAAACAAACGAAUAAGUAAUUUAAAAAUUAUGAGGAAUAAAUUUAGACAGCUGAUAUUGGGUUUAUUUAUGUUCUCA